AACAUUAACUGGUAAUGACCAUGAGCCGUGGGCAUCGGUUGCUUUGUUUGCAGCUCCUUUGAUGGUAAUAAUAGAGCCUGCGAGGAUCCAUUUAAUAGCACAUUGGAAGUAUCGAAGUGUAAAUAUCUCUAUCAUCACAUGUGUACAAGACAAUGCUUUCUUUCAAAGUAAAAAUAAAUAUGAUAAGCAUGGCUUGUGACA